CAGUUUAUGCAGCGGAGUGCAAUACGCAUAGAGAAAGAGCUGAAUGAGGAAGAAAACAAAGACAUUGAUGAUGAGCAUUGGGUUUUGGAUCUUCCAGCAACACAGACAUUGGAGAAUAAAUACAUCUUUGAACCAAGUCUUGUGAGAAUUGAAAAUCUUCAAUAUGGGAGAAUGUCCUACUGUGGUUUCAACCCAGAAAUAGAGAAACUGAUGAAACGUCACAAUAGUGCAGUAGAGUUAGAUGCAGCAGAAGUGAAGGAGAAGGAGAUAGGUGUGGAGGAAGAAGAAAUGGCACACAGAUAUCAGUCGUUAUUUGGGACGAUAGCAAAGAAAUUCAGCAGCAAAAGAAACCGAGGACAAGUAGAAGAAAAUUCAUCUAAUUUGGAGGAAAGUCACCAGAAAUCUAAAAAACGGAAAUUCAUCAAACCAGCUGAUGAUUGAUGAUCAAUUAUAAUUACUGGAUGUAUGUUAAGUAGAUCUCACACUAGGAGGUGGGGUCAAUUGUUGCCAGAUCUAAGUUAAGGAAUCUUUGAAAUAUGUCUUUCAUUUUCACUGAAACGUUAUGGUAUGGUCAUUGAUCAAGUUUUUUAACUGCAUGUAUGAGUAUUGCGGUUAUGAAAUAUCAGUGCAUAAUUUAAAAUUAUCUUUGACCACACCUCUGUUCUUGUAUAUGGACAACCAAAAUCGUUUAAGUAAUAUCUAAACUUUAAAUGUAACUGAGUUUUGUUUGACCCUGUACUUUGAUAGUUACGAGUACAGUCAAACCUAUCUUAAAGCCACUUCUGCAUGAAGGCCACUUGUUUUUAAUUGUCAUUUGUUUUUCAUUCCUGACAUAAUACAAUUCAUGGUAAAUGAGCUUCUAUAUAAAGCCCACUUGUCUAUAAAGACCAAUUUUCUCUGUUCUCCUUAGUAUUAUUUAUAGACAAGUUUGAUUGUGUAUAGCUGAUUACUAUAUAUGAGAUGACAAAAAUUGAGAAUACAAUGGAGAAAGGCAGUUCUUUAUAAUGAGUAAAUAGAAAUUUUAAUUUUCCUGAUUCAGUGUAUAAGACUGUAAGAGUGGAUGUGUUGUUGUUGUUGUUAUGAAAUUGGUGAUUAUUUGGUCAUUUUAAGAGCAUCAACUAUUUUACAUAUGAUAUAGGAAGCUAAAUAUUAUAUAUGUCAUUGCUGUUGUAUAAGUUCAUGCAAUUGUAUGUAUACAUAUUACAUAUGAUAUAAACAUGGAAAUGAAAUUGUCAUUGCUGUUGUAUAAGUUCAUGCAAUUGUAUGUAUACAUAUUACAUAUGAUAUAAAGAUGGAAAUGAAAUUACAAUUAACAUGAUCCA